AUGCCUCUGACUACGGCCGAUGUGCCUGCCCGAUUCCUCCAGGCCGCGCUACUCGUCGGCCACAUCCCCCUGAGGGCCGUGGCAUGCGACCCGCGCGUCUCUUAUGCGCUCUACGUCCCGCCACACCACUACAACCCCAGGCCGGCCCAGGGAGAGGACAAGCUUCCGCUCCUCGUGUACAUGCACGGCACCAGACGAGACAUCUCGGCGAUCCACGACGCUCACGGCCUCGUUGCCUUCGCCGAGGCGACGCCGUGCGCCGUGCUCGGCCCCUUGUUCCCUGCGGGCCUCGACGGGCCCAACGACAUCGACUCGUACAAGUUGCUACGAUCGAAGACGCUCCGGUCAGACCUGGUGCUCCCGGCCAUGCUUGAUGAAAUCGCACAGCGGUGGCCGGGCGUCCGGACGGAGAAGAUAUUCAUGAUGGGUUUCUCCGGCGGAGGGCAGUUCGCGCAUCGGUUCUUGUAUCUGUACCCAGAACGGCUGGCUGCUGUUAGUGUGGGAGCGCCGGGGCGUGUUACGAGUUUGGACAGUCAGAAGAAGUGGCCGCGGGGCGUGGCGGACGGGGAGGCUCUCUUUAGUCGGACGGUCCAGGGAGAUAUGGUCAGGAAGGUCCCGAUCCAACUGGUCAUUGGCGGUGCUGAUAAUGUCGUCCACGGCGGGGAAGAGUUCUGGGUCUGGCUGCGGCAGAUGAAGGCUCGAGACAGGAGUGGGACAGUCGAGGCGGGCGGCUACGAGAAUAGCGACCUCCCACAGAUGGAUCAGGGAAGGCUUGAGUUGAUUCAUGUUCACACCUCGACAUCGUGCCGGGCGUGGCUCACGAUGAUAAAGGGGUUCGAGAAUCUGUCCUUCAGUUCAUGCGCCCUCAUUUGCAGCCCAGAGGCACCGUGCCGCCUGAGAUAG